AUGAUACUCAAGCAUGCGGUAGUUGGGGUAGCGAUAGCUCUGGUUUCCUUAUGGCAUCAUCUGCAUCCCGUUGAAGCAAGACUGCUGGAUCCUGCCAGUAGAGGAACACUGUGGAAACGCGGCUAUCCGAUCCCUGCCCCGUCAGAAGAAAACGCGCACUAUUGUGGAGGACAUAAACAUCAGGAAUUAACGGAAUAUGGAUCUAACUUUGGGAGAGGUGAAGUCACUAAAGUCUUUAAUGCUGGGGGAUCUGCUAUCUUUGAGGUUGAUCAAAGCAACAUCCAAAAUGACAACGCUUACAUCGAGUUUAAAAUCUGCCCAUCAAACAACUCUCUGGAGCAUGAACCACAAGACUGCUUUGAUCGUCACCCAGUAAACCUGGAGGAUGGCAGUGGGUAUCGAUUCCGUCUGCACAAGAGCAACAAGGCUAAAGUAAAAGUGAAAAUACCAAGUGAUGUCAACUGUAAUUUCUGUGUCCUGCAAUACCAUAUCCAUGAAG